AUGAUGAAGAUACUAACCUCAUUGGCACUUGUUGCAUCCUUACUAUUCUUCUUCUUCAACACUGCAAGAGCAGCAGCAGCAAAGGAUUUACCCGAGAACCCUCCUGUUACCGACACCGUUUACUUCGAUAUCGAAGAAGAAGGAAAUUCUAUCGGUCGUAUCACCAUUGGACUUUUUGGCACUAUUGUGCCCAAAACAGUUGAAAACUUCAGAACCAUUGCUGCUUCGACUGACCCUAAGCAGCAAUACACCAAUUCCGUGUUCCAUCGUGUUAUCAAGAAUUUCAUGAUUCAAGGUGGUGACUAUGAAUAUGGCCAGGGAUAUGGUGGACAAUCUAUUUUUGGGAAGAAAUUUGAAGAUGAAAAUUUCCAAUUGAAACACGAUAGGAAGUACAGAUUGAGCAUGGCCAAUGCUGGUAAAAACACCAAUGGUUCUCAGUUCUUUAUCACCACGGCGGUUACUAGUUGGUUAGAUGGUAAGCAUGUUGUGUUUGGUGAAGUUUUGGAUGGUCAGGAUGUGGUUGAUUACAUUGAGAGUGUAAAGACUGCACGUGGUGAUAGACCAGUCAAGGAGAUUAAAAUCUCAAAAGCUGGGGUGAUUAAAGCAAAAGAGGACUUAAAAAAGGACGAGCUUUAA